GAGUAGUAGCGGCUGGGAACAGACUGUGACUUGGACGUGGCUUUGAGAGGGAAAUGACGAGACAAAAUAUGAGAAAUCAUAAAAUCAUCCAGUCAUAUGCGCUCGUAAAGCAGUAAACUCUGGAACAGUAAUAACUUCAGGAACUCGCAUCAGAACAACAACAGAAGCGGUGACUGAUGCCAGAGCGGCGACGGCAGGGCAAAUUCCAGCCAUUCCGGCGUCUAUUUGGGAAGAAGAAAAGGAGGGUAGCAGAACGUGGGUUUGAGGGAUCUGAACUUAAACCUAGCCAUUCCACUGAUGAUGUUUGCAAUGGGGUGGUCUCAGUUAAGGAGGAAAAUGAUGAGUGUCUAAGGGAGUUAAACACCCUAGGGUCCAGAGCUUUUUCACACGAGAGUGUAUUUAUCCCAGAGGACUCAGAGAAGACAUAUCCAGGACAGACAAUGUCCCAGGAGAACGUUUCAGACAAAGUUAGGAACAUUCAGAGGCAAAUUGGACAUAAUAUCAAAUUUGGUCAGAGACCUCCUUCACUUAGAAAGAGUGAGGGAGAUGAAGGUAGCUCCGAUGAAGAAGAGGUACCACGAAGUCCACUGAAGGUUCUUGCUCAGGUGGAGAAUGAGCCACCAGAGACCGAAGCCAAGGAAAAAGCUGUCAGCCAUGACACGGUCCAGCAUAGAACUCCAGUCAAAUCCCCACGCACCAAGCGCCCACCUCCCCCUGGCACAAUUGAGUCCAUCAGUCUCGAUGCUGUACCUCAGUCUGUCCCACGCUUGGACAACACUGCUGCCAAACAUAAACUGUCUGUCAAACCGAAGAACCAGAGGGUGUCACGCAAACACCGAAGAUUCACACAGGAGUUUCACGAAGAGGAUCUCUCUGAAAUGCAAGAGGAAUCUGAAACACAAAAAGACGAAGAAGUCUUUGAUUUGUCAAGAGAGGACUAUACCAUUAUCCAUAGAAGCAAAGAGGAUUAUGAACCCACUGAGAAAUCGAUGAGGCGACGAUUUCACGAGGAGGAGCUAGAACGCCUUGAGCUUCAGAGAAGGGAACAAGAGGAAGAGAGAAAGAUGGAAGAACAAGGGAGGAGAAUCGAGGAGCAGAGGCUAGAAGAAGAAAAGCGGCGCAGACAGGAAGAGGAAAGGCUGCAUAAGGAGGAAGAGGAGAGGAAGCAACGAGAGGAAGAGGCGAGGAAAGAAAGGGAAGAGGAGGAAAGAAGAAGAGCAGAGGAGGAGAGAAGGCAGCAGGAACUUGAGGCGGAGCGUCUUCGUCUGGAAGAGGAAAGAAAAAGGGAGCUGGAGGAGAGAAGGAGAAAAGAGGAGGAAGAGGCAGAACAACGUAGGAUUCAAGAGUUAGAGGAGAAACGGCAGAGAGAGGAAGAGCAACGCCUCCAUGAGGAGGAAAGGAGCCAACAAGAGGAGGCUGAGAAGAAAAGACUAGAGGAGGAGGAGGAAAGAAAGAGGCAACAGCAAGAGGAGAAAGCUGGGGCUACUGACUCAGAAUGGAAAAGAAAAGCAGAGGAACUGAGAUGGAGAGAGAUGGAGGAGAGACAGAGACCCUUUACUUUCAAGGUCUCCUCAGGCGAGAAGCAGAUACUAUUCCAGAAGGUCAACCUCACUCCUGUUACUCCAUCAACUGGCCAACAGGGUGAAACAACAGCUGAAACCAGGGAGGGAGCCAAAGCUUCUUCACCAGGAUGCACAGAUUCACCAACUCUGUCUUCAUCUCUUUAUAUCCCACAUACUGCAAUUCUUGUGACAGGAGCCCAACUUUGUGGAACCGCAGUCAAUCUCGAUCAGAUCAAGGACACGGCCUGCAAGUCCCUUCUUGGCCUUUCGGAAGGCAAAAAGGCCAUGGACACUCCUCCAACCAAGAGCAAGACUUCUCCAGAUCGUAAAUCUGAAAAAAACAAAUCCUUAUACGAGUCUUCCUUAUCUGCAGACCAAUCCAAUGCUGCUGUCCUGGCAGAAUGGGCAAGUAUCCGAUCCAAAAUUUUUAAAGGUGCUGAGGACGGAAAAUAUCCAGAAUACCCAGAUCAGAGUCGCAGGCCAAUAAGUGAGGAUCUAAAUACAGUGCCAUUCUCUCACACCAACCUCAGGAAAACCAUGUCAGCCAGUGCUAAGUUUUCAAUCACACCAGCUAGAAAGAAAUUUGCUGAUUCCAAAAGCAACUCAGAGAGUUUUGGUCAGGAAGACAAAGAAGGUGUGAAAAUAGAAUCACCAUCUACGGAAACUCCCUCUGUCCAAAAAUCAGAGUUGCCCUCUUUAGGUAUCAAGAUCCAGAACAGAGGAAGCAAAGUUGUCCACAUUGCAGAUAGUGCUGAAGAAUGCAUGUUUGCCAAAGACCUCCCCUCCUUCCUUGUUCCCAGUCCGCCACAUGGAUCUCCCAAGUCACAGAGGUCCGAGACUGGAUCCCCAAGUCAGGAAGAAUCAGAAGACUUGGAUGCAAAGGAUGAAGGGGAUCAGAAAGAUCAGAGUGGUGAGUGGCCCUCACCUUUUGGAAUCAAGUUGAGAAGAACCAACUACUCUCUUCGCUUUCACAAUGAACAAUCUGCAGAGAAGAGGAAAAAAAGGUACAGUGCAGGAGACAGUUUUGAAGGUGUCCCAAUGCCUCUCACCUCCAUUGACCAAGAUUCUGAUACUUCUACACUCUCUGAAAAGUCUAGCCCUGUUUCUCCGCAACAAGAGAUUACCGGAUUUCGAACCGCUGCAGCACCCAGUAAAGAAUCUCGAAGUAAGUUGAGCAGAAAUACUCUCCCUUUGGCACGCACCGAAGGUGACAACUUUGUCCCCAAGCCUCCACCUUACCAAAAACCAGCUACCUCCCCCAAACCAUCUGAAGGUGCCACACCUCCACCCUCUCCUCUCCCGAAACCUGGCAGAAGGACUUCGGGGGACAUGAUUUUACAAAGGACAGGGCAAGCAGAACAGGUAGAUACUGAGCAGAGCAGUGAUCAUAAGGAAGAAGUUGCAGCAUCUCUACCAUACCAAAAAAAUGGACAAGGAGAGGAGGAGCUUAAAGAAAAGAAGUCAUUUUUUCCAUCCAUCAGCAUCCCAUGGAGAGAAAAAACAGAUCGCAGGACAGAACUCAUUAAAAAAGAAAAACCCUCUCUGCAGGCCAGGCACUCUCUGGACAGCUCACGGACACAGGAGAAAGAGACAGGACCACUUUGGAUCACUCUGGCACUGCAAAAACAGAAAGGCUUCAGAGAACAGCAGCAAAACCGAGAGGAUAAGAGGAGCCAGAGAGAAGCUAAGCUGGCUGAGAAACAGGCUAAGGACAGAGAUAGCGCUGGAAUGGUCAGUCCCACAGAGGAUAAGGGCAGUAGAAGUUCCAGCCCUCACAAACCUCAAACAACAGAUGAGAAUAAGAGACCAGACACAUUCCUGGCCCGUUUUGAACGACGCGACAACUUGAAGAAAGCCAAUACCUUGCCCAGCUCAGUCACAGUUGAAAUUACAGACUCUACACCAUCUCCCCCAGCAACAAAAGAUGUGACAAAGCGCUUCCCUCCUGGUGACACUACCCAGGUUUCUACCGAGCCUGCGUGGCUUGCCCUAGCAAAGCGUAAGGCCAAAGCCUGGAGUGACUGCCCACAGAUCAUCAAGUGAUCCAUUGCUGCUGACCAGUGAAAAAGCGAAUAAGUCAUCUCCUUCAUCCACAUCACUUAGCCUUCACAGCACCCCAGCUCACCUCUUGCUCUGAACAAAGUCUAUAAUUUACUUUCUUUCUAGCAUUUCAGAAUAUUUGGUAUUUUAGUGAUAAAAUAUUCACUAUAUUCAAUAUAUAUCAGAUUCACUAAGGAUAAACAAUUACAUCAACCCACCCGUCCGGUUUCAAUAUACUGAAUUAUUGCAACAACAUGCAUCAAAAGUAUAUUUACUCAUUUGUGUCACAGCCAAUUAAACAAGCCCUAUAAUCUUCAGAGAAGUUGCAGCCCUUCAUAUCCUUGAAGUCGCCAGUGGUUAACAGCGUAACAUACACAAUGCAUGUCGAACUGUUGAUUCUAGAUAUUACUAAAACAAUAUGAGUGGUUCACAUUAAGUACAAAUCUAACAUUUCAAGUAAAACAAGAAGGUAUGUUAUUGCUUUGGUGAUAAAUCUGGGAAGCAAUUCAAGGGCUAAUAAUAACACAGCUGAUGAAACCUUCACAAAUUCCACUCCUCGCUCCCACAAGCAUGUAAAUCAAAGAAAUGGCUUUGUAAUUUUUAUUUUUUUCCAUGUAUACACUCAAAUGAGUUGACACUCAUAGACCUUGCCGAUGGACAGACGUUGUCACUUUUUGAUUUCUUAACUUAUUAUAUUUGAUAUCUUGGCAAAGUAAAAAGAUCUUCACUGUGUCCGUGACAACUGUGAGUACUUUCAUUUUAACUAUUGCUAAAACUCAUCAUGAUAAUGACACGUCAGCACUGUUUACUCAUGUAAUUAACUAACAAUUUUUCCUUCAAGUUUCCAUGACAUCAUAGUAUAUACUGUAUGCACUUGAGCCGUGCUGUCAAUUGAUGAAAAAUCUACUUCUUGCAGUGUCUACACCCGCCUGUUUCUGUAGAAUUGGUUGCCUGGGAUCCGUCUACUUGCUGUAACAUAAACAAUGCUAUCCUGGCGUAGCGUGUGCUAGCAUCUUUUACCGCUAAUUAGCAAAACCUGCAUCACGGCUAAGUGAUGGGAGAUCAGUGUUUCAAAUGCAACGUCCCAGGGUGGAGGGGAGUAAGAACAAGAGGUCUAGCCAAUGGAAAUAUCCUUUACAAAAAAGGAAGCAUUUCUAGUGAGAGAAUGAAUGGACUAUUAACGGGCAUCACCUCUACGUCCUUGAAAAAGGCAGCUAACCCCAGAUCGCUCCAGGGGGGAUUGUCCUUGUAGGUGAAGUUGCUCUGGAUAAAAAGGGUCUGCUAAAUGAUGGUUAUUAAACGGAAGCCUUGAUCUCUCAGCAGAGCCACUGACUCCACUAUCUAAUGUAAUGUUGUAUGUAUGUAAUGUAUGUAAGGUAUGUAUGUAUGUAUAGAAGUGAAAUGAAGCGGACUGUAUUCCUUUGGAGAUCUCCUGAACUGCAGUCGCGCCACUUUGUUUUUACAUUGGUCGUGUGCAAUAGUGUAGCGUAAACAGUGUUGUAUGUGAUAUAAAACAAAAAGUUUGUUGAUAAUUGCACUUUUUUUUGUUCCACUUUAGAAAAACCCAUUACAGAAAAAGUGACGCAAAUGUUAUGAAAUAUGUAGAGAAAAUUAAAGGAAGCUGUUUGAACUCGGUGGACUGAAAU